CUGCUUAUUCCGGUGUCAGUUUCUCCUCGGCGGCCUCUCCCCUCGUUUCCGCCAUGCAUCCCGUUUUCCAGAGCAGCCGGCGUGAUUUCACCUUCGGGCCGUGGAAGCUGAGCGCUGCCCGGACGCACAUCAUGAAGUCGGCGCAGGCCGAGAGACUGGCUGAUGAAUUACACAUGCCCUCCCUGCCAGAGAUGAUGUUUGGAGACAAUAUCCUAAGGAUACAGCAUGAUCAUGGUUUUGGAAUUGAGUUCAAUGCAACAGAUGCUUUAAAAUGUGUCAAUAAUUGUCAAGGUAUGAUCAAAGUGGCUUGUGCAGAGGAGUGGCAAGAGAGCAGGAGUGAGCCUGAGCACACUAAGGAAGUUGUCAAGCCAUAUGAUUGGACUUACACAACAGACUACAAAGGAACACUGCUGGGAGAUACUGCAACAUUAAAGGUUGUUCCUACAACAGAACACAUAAAUACAGAAAAAUUGAAAGCCCGGGAACAAAUUAUGUUUUUUGAAGAAGUACUUCUGUUUGAAGAUGAACUUCAUGAUCAUGGAGUAUCAAGUUUGAGUGUAAAAAUAAGAGUUAUGCCUUCCAGCUUUUUUGUCCUGUUGAGGUUUUUCUUGCGGGUUGAUGGGGUACUUAUCAGGAUGAAUGAUACAAGGCUUUAUCAUGAGGCUGACAAGGCGUACAUGUUGCGAGAGUAUACCUCCAGAGAAAGCAAAAUAUCAAGUUUAAAGCAUGUUCCACCUUCCCUGUUCACGGAACCUAAUGAGAUCUCUCAGUACCUACCUAUAAAGGAGACAAUCUGUGAAAAACUAGAAUUCCCAGAGAAGAUGGAGCCUAAGCCAGAAGCAUCACUGGAAACCACAUGUGUUAAGUCUAAAUAAAUGUGACUUUAUAUGGACUUGAAAUAAACUGGAGGUCCAGUGAGCUAGCUGAUCAGCAGGCUGAAAGGCAGGAACUAAAGCCAGGUUUUCUUGUGUCAUGGAUUUACUCAGACCACAGGGAACUUACUUCUCUGUGCCUCAGUUCCAUGUAUGUAAAAACAAGAAUUAAUAAAUGCUUAUCUUAAUGAGGGUCUGUCAGGAUUAUUUUGUAAAAAGUUAUUGAUUUUUUUUUUUUUUUUCCCCUCAAUACACCUUCAGCCUUAUCUUUGGAAUCCUUUGGAAAGGACUAUUGCAAAAAGUCUUGUGAUCCGUAAGAUAAAAUGAGUGACAAGAACUGAAAUUAAACAGUCUCUGAAAGAAACUAUUAUCAGAUAGCCAUGAUGUGGGGUUUUCCAAUAGGUGAGUUUAUGCCAUUUUGAAAUAAAAGUGGGGUCCUCUGUGUUCCCCAUUAGAGUCCUAAAUUCUGUUGGCUUUUUUCAUGUUCCUGCAUUUGUUUCCUAAAGAUUUUAGUGUCAGGAUGAAGAAGGGGCUGCAAAUGAAUGCAGCAUGCAAGUGAUCAAAAUUCAUUUCGAUCUGCUCCAGUGAUAAAGGGAUAUGGGGAGAGAGCGAAAAGUAAGGGCAGAACAAAUGAAGGUAAUAAAGAGAUACUUUGCUUUUAGAGGUUAAAUUAUGGCACUUAUUUUACUCUAAGCAUGUACUAUUUUACAUGUCUUAAGGGCUUAUAAAAACACACUUUAAAAAUGGUAGUGACUGAGAGCUGAUAUAGUGCUAGCAUGAAGGCAACUGUAUUGCAUCAUUAAUUAGAACUGUGAUUUGGGUUCGGUCAGUGAUGCUCGCAUUAAUCUCCUUUGGGCUGAAGUGUAUGUUGGGGGGGAACCCAGAGCAUCGACACCUAGCGAUGAAAAGGAUGCUCUGCAUGUUUAGCUUACAUGCUGUAUUUCACCUUGUCUAUAUUGCAUACUGAGUUGUGACCUCCUGAUACAGUUGUCUUGAGUAGACUUGAAUCCUGACUCUAUAAUUACGUGAUAUCCAUCUACUUUGGAUGCUGUGUAUUUAAGUGGAACACACAUGUUGGGGAACUCAUAAUGUUUAGGAAGUUACAAUUACUACAGAGUAAAACUUGGAACGCUUUGUGACUCUGUCAUACCACACAAUCAAAAAGCAGCAGUAUAAACUGGUGUACCACAAACUCUCGUAAAAAUUUUACACAGAAAAGCACCACUUUGGAUACAUAAUUUUGGGGGAGGGAGUGGGGUGAUUCUCUAGCUAUUUUAUGGCAAGUUUAACAUGUGGUGGUUUAUAUUCUUUCUUGUAUGUUGCUUAAUAAAUGUACCAGUCAUUUUACAGUUCUGUUUUUGUCUGAGCAAAAUAAACUGAAAUAACUACUCCUGAUGCUGAAUUUU